ACCGGGUUCGGCGGAACGAGCAUCAACUUUUAGCAUAGUUAUCUUUAUCAAAAUAAAACCUAGUAUUUUUGAUUAUUAACUCUUUGUCAACGUAACCACAUGAAGAGAAGUACAUAAUCAGUAUUUUACUUUGAAGUGCAUUUAAUUCUGGAGUCUGACACGGCGAUGUGCAUUUGAAUGAUGCUAUGUUGUUAAUUUAUUUCGUGGAGUUCAUCUGACGAGAAUAAAAAAUCUUAAAUAUUUGUAAAGGUAAAAGUUGUAUAAAUAUUUCUGAUAAAUAUUUCUGAUAAAGUUGUAUAAAUAUUUCUGAUAAAUUAAUAACUUACAUUUAUAACGACGUUGAGACAUACAAUAAAAAUCUUUCUUAGUGAUUUUCACUGUUAAUUCAAGUUUUUCAAAGCUAAUUAUUAUAAAUUUAUAUCUGCUGAUGAAAACAUCUCAACCAUAUACAAGAUGAGCAUUCACUUGUCCAACGGUACUUUGUCAAAUGUAACAUAUUUUAGUCACGGUACCAUGAAACUGCUCAAAUCUCUGGCAAGUUACACAUGGACGAUUAACAACUUUUGCAUUUGUCGGAAACGCACGGGUGAGGUGAUCGAUUCGCCAAUAAUAAGUGCAGGUGCCGAUGGCGAGCAUCGUUGGCGUAUACUUCUUUAUCCAAAAGGCAAAAAUGAAGAGCACCGAGAAUAUCUUUCGAUUUUUUUGUUUUUGCUGACGUGCAACGAGAGUAAGCUCGAUGUACAAACCAAAAUCUCCAUUGUAAACGAUAAGAAGAAAGAAUGUAACGAGCGGAGGCUCGAACAGCAACUACAUCGAGGUAAUGGUUUUGGAUGUAUGGAUUUUAUCAAGAGAGCUUUUCUUCUUGACAAGGCUAAUGGAUUGCUGCCUGAUGGACAUUUGACGAUUAUGAUUGAAAUAAGCACAGGAACGGGACUAUCCAUAAACCACAGCAAUAACCAUGCAAACUUAAUUCACGAAAUGUCACCUUCCGAGCAGUGUCUGUCUGUAGACUUAGAGCAUCUUCUCGAGGACAAGAAGUACACAGACGUGACUCUAUCGUCUCACGAGCAAACUUUCAAAGCCCACAAGAAUAUUCUCGCAGCUCGUAGUAGCGUCUUCUCAAAGAUAUUCGAGGUCGAGAAUAAGAAGACACUCGAGCUCGAAGACGUCAAUCCUGAAGUAUUACAGGAGAUGUUGCGUUUCAUAUAUACUGGCAAAGUUAAAAAUGUUUCGAAGUCCGAUUCUUUGUUGGUUGUUGCUGAAAAUUAUAAGCUUGAGGGUUUGAAGGCGAUGUGCGAAGAUACUCUUUGUAAAAAUCUUACGGUAGAUAAUGUAGUGGAUACUUUGAUAUUAGCUGAUUGUAAUAAGGCUGAAAGAUUGAAGACUCAUGCGAUUAGCUUCAUUAUUGCUCAUGCAAAGGAUGUGAUUGAGACGCCGGCAUAUAAAUUGAUCGCUGAGUCGCAUCAGCUUCAUCUACUUGCCGAAGUUUUUCGCGUUUUGGCGUUACAGCAUCAUUAACAUGGAGAUUUUCCGAUGAAUUUAUGUAGUUUUCUGUAGAUCACUUCUAUAAAAUAAAGAAGACUGCUGAAUAACUUUUAUAAUUAGAUUGUAUGACAAAUCUGACAUAAAUUAUGAAUACUUUCACAUUUUUAAUGCUUUUAUUAAGCUUGCUUCAAUGCUUUGAUUAACUUAUAUAUUAUUGGAUCUUAUUGAAUGUUAUUCUCGUAGAAAAAUACUACUAAUCAAAUGUAAAAAUCUGAUUAUAGUAAUAUUCUUUUGCGUUUCAGUCAAUAUAGCAUGCACACCCCACAGAUUUUCAUAUUAAACUAUUUUUAACUUAUAAUUGAUCAUUAGGAAAAUUGGUAUAAAAAUUGAAAUAAAAAAUUAAAUGAAUCCUCAUAAAAAUAUUUCUGAUAUUUA